UUGGCAGUGAAAGCAUCUUCUUUUCAUAAAAUAAAAACUUAAAGCAUAUGUGAGAAAAGAUAAAAACGAAAAAUAUUUUACUAAACUAUACUGAAUCAUUGCUUUUUCAAGCCUAAAAUAAAAUAUCUGUAAUUGGAUCACAUCAGAAAAGAAAAUUUUUUAAAAAUGACUCGAAUAAUUUCAAUAAUAUUAAUAAUUGGAUUAAUAUCAUUUGAAUAUGCAGUAGCUAGUGAAAAAUUCAAUGAAGAAAAACCAAUAUCAUCAAAUAAAGAAUCAUCAGAAUUACCAUUAAUUACAUUGAAUGAUGAAGUAUUAGGAGAAACAUUAUCACCAAUAUCAUCACCAUUACCGUCUUCAGUUAAACCAUCAACAGAAAAAGAAAUUUUAACAACAUUACAACCAUCAAUGAAUCCAUCAUCUUUUGGACCUUCAAUAUCUUCAGCAAUGAAACCAUCAACUGAAUCAUCAUUAUCAAAUUUACUUACUGGCGAAGAUGAUUCUGAAAAUACUUCCGAUGAAGAAAUCGAUAAUUCAAAAUUACCUCCAACUAGAAAAUUAAUAACAUUUGAUCAACGUCAAGAAGGACAAUAUAAUAUUCGUGCUGAUUUAGAUAAUUUUAUGAUUGUUGUUAUACCACCAAAUCCAUCAGCCGGUAUUAGUCUAUUAGAUUUAUUAACAAGAUCUGCAUCAAAACGUGCAAAUACAAAAAAAUCUAAUAAAAAACAUUAUUUAUAUGGUUCAGAAAUGUAUGAUACAAAAUCGAAUCAUUUUACAUCAGAACGAUCUAAACAUAAUCAAAAUCAUAUGUCAUAUUUAAAUAAAAUCUUACAAUCACAUCAAAAUUCAAAUAAUUUUCUAAAUUCAAAUAAUAUUGUAAAUGGUAAUCAAAUUUCCGAUUAUAUUGAAGGUCGUACACCAUAUCGUGUUGAUAUAUCAAGUAAUAUUGCAUCAAGUGAAUUAAAUCAAGAGAAAUUAUUUCAAAAUUCUGGUAAUGAUGGAACUGAUUCCCAAAUAGAUGUUAUACCGCCACCAUAUCCAAUUAAUUAUCAACAUUUAAUGAAACCAUAUCAUUUAGAAAUUGAGCCACAUGUUGUUCAAAUACCUGUACAACAUUCAACAGCACAUGCAAUACCACCUCAAGUACCAACAAAUAUUUAUAAUCCUUCAUCAUUACCAAUUCAACAACAGCAACAACAACAGCAACAACCAUUACAACAAUCCUCAUCUCCAUUACAGCAUAAUAAUAAUAAUAAGCAACAGCAACAUCAACAUAAAAAACAAGAUCAAAAUCAACGUGGUUUUUUGAAUGGUAAUUUUAAUCCGGCAUCUGUUGCAAGAGGUAAUUUUUUGGAUUUCUUUACCCGUUUUACUAAUGGAAUUGGUAUACCUGGAUCAACAUCCGUUUUUCUUCCCCCAAAUCCUCGUACAAUUUAUCCUUCUGCUUCAACUAAUACUAAUAAUGCUAAUGGUAUUACUACUACUUCUUCAUCAUCAUAUUUCAAUAAUGAUAAUAUUAAUAAUAAUAAUAAUAAUAUAGGUAGACGUUAUGCAAAAUCUAUUAGAGAUUCUUUUAUUUAUUCUCCAGAUCCUGAUUUAGAUAUUAUACAAUUUAAUAAUAUUUUAAGAGGUGAUGGUGGUAAUAAUAUAUAUAGUAAUUAUAUAAAUAAACAUGAUAGUACUGUUAUUAAACGUGAUAUACCAACAACAUCAUAUUAUAAUAAUAAUAAUAAUUAUCAUAAUAGUAAAUAUCCAACAUAUUUUGGUAUUCAAUUAAAUUCUAAUGAUGCAACAUUAUAUCCUCCAAUUUCAUAUCAUAGAAUAAUAUUAAAUAAUAAUCCAGCUAAUAAUAAUAAUAUUAUUGGAAUAAAUAAUAAUGGUAAUUCUAAUAAUUAUAAUAAUAAAGAUGAUGAUGAUGAUUAUAAAAAUGAUGGAAAUGAUGACAAUUCAAUUUAUGAUUUACAACAAAAUAAUAUUAUUGAAGAUGCAAUAAAACAUAGUGAUUUUAUUGAAAACAGUAGUAAUGGAUUUAAUAGUGAUGUUGAAUUAAAAUUAAUUGGUGCAACAGAACAAUGUGGUCCAGAUAGUGUACGAGAUAGUUAUGGUAUUUGUCGACUACUAUCAAGUAUAUAAUUAUAAUAUAUAUAUAUAUAUAAAUAUAUAUUAAAAUUUAAUUUAAUAUUUUAAUAUUAUAUUUUAUAAUUUGAAUAAAAAAAUGUUUUUAGAAUAAUUUUUAAAUUGUCUAAUUGGAGAAAAAAAAAUAUAUAUAU